AUGGGGGACCUCGAGGGUUCAUACCGGGCCCUGCAGACCCCCGGCGUGCGGCUGGGAGCCCAGUUCAACCCCGGCAUCAGCACUCUGGAGCCGGGCCACAGCCUCAGCGGCAACCCGGUCAGCAGGACCCUGGGCCGAGAGCUGCAGAUCCGCGUGCAGGGUCUGGACGACUCCCAGGAGUUCUUCAAUGUCGACACAAAGGCCGUUGGGCAGUACCUCCUCUCUGAGGUUUUCUUGAGAGUCAAUCUCAUAGAGCGGGAUUACUUUGGCCUGGAGUUUCAGAACUUGCAGAUGAACUGGGCUUGGCUGGAACCCACAAAACCCAUAGUGAGACAAGUCAGGAGGCCGGCAAAUGCGCUUUUCAGACUGUCAGUGAAAUUCUUCCCUCCAGACCCGGGUCAGCUGCAGGAGGAGUACACAAGGUACUUGUUCUCACUGCAGAUGAAAAGAGAUCUGAUGGAAUCCAGGUUGAUCUGCACAGAAAAUACUGGAGCCUUGCUGGCCUCUCACCUUGUCCAGUCGGAGAUUGGCGACUACGAUGACGUGGCGGACCGGAGCUUCCUUAAGUCGACCCAGCUGUUGCCGUACCAAGAGAAGGUGCAGGAGAGGAUCAUGGAGCUGCACCGACGGCACCUCGGCCAGACUCCAGCUGAAUCAGAUUUCCAAAUCCUGGAGAUUGCCCGUAAACUGGAGAUGUACGGCGUCCGCUUCCACCCAGCGGCUGACCGGGAAGGCUCCAAGAUCAACCUGGCCGUCGCUCACAUGGGCCUUCAGGUUUUUCAGGGCCACACCAAAAUAAACACCUUCAAUUGGUCCAAGAUUCGCAAACUGAGCUUCAAGAGAAAGAGGUUCCUGAUCAAGCUCUACCCAGAGGUUCACGGGCCGCAUCAGGACACGCUGGAGUUCCUCAUGGCCAGUCGCGACCAGUGUAAAAUCUUCUGGAAGAUCUGUGUGGAAUACCACUCGUUUUUUCGCAUGUUCGACCAACCCCAACCCAAAUCCAAAGCCAUCCUCUUCACCAGAGGCUCUUCCUUCAGAUACAGUGGACGGACCCAGAAGCAGCUCGUCGACUACGUCAAGGAAAACGGUGCGAAGAGAACACCGUACCAGAGGAGGAACAGUAAAAUCCGAAUGUCUGCUCGCUCCCUCGCCACAGAUGUGCCAAAACAGAGCUUGUCGUUCAACGACAGUCUCGGUGCCCCAGGCUCCCCCUCCUCCACCACCGUGUCCUUCUACCCGGCGCACAGCCCGCGGACUGAGCUCCAGCCGCGGGCUGUGCCCGCACCCAGCUGGUCCCCGGCCUCACCGCAGCAGCUCCAGCUUCAGUCCCCUCUGCAGGCCGCCAGACCGCCGAGCCCUCUGAAGGAAGAACCCGCCAAGGCCGCGUCCCCGUCUCACUUCGCUUUUCAAGAUUCCGCUGCGGACAGCCCUCAGGCCUCCCCCGUCAGCUCCAAAGGCCCCCUCUGCCUGUCCCCCUCCUUCCAAAUGUCCACCCUCAGCCUGCCGGGCCAGACCCCGUCGCCCCUGCAGAGCCCCAUCCUGGGCGAGGGGGGCAGCAAUGCCAGACUAGAGGAGGAAGAGGAGGGCAGGAGGAAGCGAUAUCCCACCGACAAGGCCUACUUCAUCGCCAAAGAGAUUCUGACCACAGAGCGGACGUACCUGAAGGACCUCGAGGUCAUCACUGUGUGGUUCCGCAGUGCCGUGAUCAAAGAGAACGCCAUGCCCGAAGUCCUGAUGAACCUCCUCUUCUCCAACAUCGACCCCAUCUACGAGUUCCAUCGGGGCUUCCUCAAGGAGCUGGACCAGAGACUGGCUCUCUGGGAGGGACGCUCCAACGCCCACGUUAAGGGGGACUUCCAGAGAAUCGGCGACGUGAUGCUGGGGAACAUGUGCGCUCUCAAGGAAUUCACCGGCUUCCUGCAGAAACACGACGAGGUCCUGACAGAGCUGGAGAAAGGCAGCAAGAGGCUGAAGAAGCUGGAGACGGUCUACAAGGAGUUUGAGCUGCAGAAGGUGUGCUACCUGCCCCUCAAUACCUUCCUGCUGAAGCCCAUCCAGCGCCUCAUGCACUACAAGCUCAUCCUGGAGCGGCUGUGCAAGCAUUAUUCCCCCGCCCACCGCGACCAUGACGACUGCAAGGAGGCUCUGAAGGAAGUGGCGGAGAUCGCCGCCCAGCUCCAGAGCAGCCUGAUCCGCCUGGAGAACUUCCAGAAGCUGACAGAGCUGCAAAGAGACCUGAUCGGCAUAGAGAACCUGACAGGGCCGGGCAGGGAGUUCAUACGAGAGGGGUGUCUGUACAAACUCACAAAGAAAGGACUGCAGCAAAGGAUGUUUUUCCUGUUCUCAGACAUGCUCCUCUACACGAGUAAAGGCGUCACGGCGACCAACCAGUUCAAAGUGCACGGCCAGCUGCCCCUUCACGGCAUGAUCGUUGAGGAGAGCGAAAACGAGUGGUCGGUCCCUCACUGCUUCACCAUCUACUCUGCUCAGAGGACCGUCGUCGUGGCCGCCAGCUCUAAAGUGGAGAUGGGGAAGUGGAUUGAGGACCUGAACAUGGCCAUUGACCUGGCAAAGAAAUCCCAAGAGAAGUCCAGCAUCUUCCUUGAUGCGGGACUCGGCGAUCACUCCAACCGGUCGUCCGACGAGGUGUCCCUGGAGCAGGAGUCGGAGGACGACAUGAACUCGUCGCACACGUCGCUGGACAAGCAGACGCACCACCGCGCCAACACCACCAUGCACGUGUGCUGGCACCGUAACACCAGCGUGUCUAUGUCCGAUCACAGCCAGGCUGUGGAGAACCAGCUGUCGGGUUACCUCCUGAGGAAGUUCAAGAACAGCAACGGCUGGCAGAAGCUCUGGGUGGUCUUCACCAACUUCUGCUUGUUCUUCUACAAGACUCACCAGGACGACUUCCCCCUGGCCAGCCUGCCCCUGCUCGGCUACACGGUGAGCACGCCCGACGAGGCGGACGGCAUUCACAAGGACUACGUCUUCAAGCUGCAGUUCAAGUCCCACGUUUACUUUUUCCGGGCGGAGAGCGAGUACACCUUCGAAAGAUGGAUGGAGGUGAUCAAGAGCGCGGCCAGCACCACGGGGCGGAUGAGCCUGCUCGUACCCAAAGGAGGUCCCGCGGAGAUGAACGGGAACUGAAGGGGACGCCGCCCGCUCCUGGAGGCUGGGCCUCCCGGGGCAUCGGAGAGAGGCCGCACAGUUUUUCUUUUUUUGGGGAGCAAAUAUUCUGACAAUAGCAGAUGGAGGUAGAUACAGCCAGUAAAAAGUAUUUAACAUUUUUCUACGGUUUGUAAAAUGCUAACGUUUGUGUCAGUAUACAGGGCAUAAGAAAGGGAGAUAUUUUGAUACUGUUUAAUUUUAAUUUUUUUUGCAUGUGUUGUGUUCAGUGGGUUCACGUAAAUGACCGUUCUCUGGGACCAACUCUAACACAGAAGGGGCUUUUACUCUGUAGCACGUGAUGAAUGAAGCUGUAUUGAGAUACGGAUUAUGCCCAGUAUGUGAACAAAUGAAGGGACACAGGAAUAUGUGCUCUCCAUUGGAGGCGUGUUUGUGUGCACGCUUGAGAAAGGCGAGCAGGAAGUUCUGGGGAUGUUGAAGCAGGUUUUAAGUAGUUCCGUUUUUUGCGAAGCAUGGGAAUUUUGGGAAAACAAAGGAUGUGAUUUUGGUUUGCAAACAUUCGGCAGUAUUUGUGAGAUUAUAAUUUUUUUUUUCCAAGAAUAAAGCUGAAUGAAGUAUUAGCGUUCCUAUCUGUAGGAGAUUUCAGAUGACGGGAGCUGCAUUAAUGUGUAGUCGGGCAGCGUGGCGGCCGGUUGGGUGCUACAUUUCUCUUUUUUAAUAUCAAAUGUAUCCAGUUUUUAUUCUUUGGCAGAGGGAUAGCAACUUGAACAUUUUGUGCAGUGGUGACUUGGUGUGCGCCUCUAAAGGCGAACCACAAGAACGCGCUUUGAAGUAAUCGUACUCUGAUGUCCGGCUACAUGCCGGGCUCAUGGGAGACACAAAUGCCAUUUAUUGACUGUUCUUUGGUGCGCCACAUGCACGCGUGAUAUUAAUCAGGAUGUUUUUGUACGAGUGUGUGUGUGUGUGUGUGUGUGUGUGCGCUGGUCAUCUCUGAACUGUCUUGACUUUCUGCGUGCGUGUGUGAGUGUGAGCGGUCGACUGUUAACAGACGGUACAUGUUACUUCUAUUUAUUGUUUAGGGCCAUUGCUCCCACAUCCCCCCCCCCCCCCCCAUGUAGUUAUCAUGUUAUUACAUUGAAAACUAAUAAAAA